GGGGUUCCUGGCGGGCGGCAGCUGCAGGCCUGCCGCCUGACUUGGUGGGAUGGACUGGCCGCACAGCCUGCUCUUCCUUCUUGCCGUCUGCAUCUUCCUGGUACCAAGCCAGCCCCGGAACACCAAAGGCAAAAGGAAGGGACAAGGGAGGCCUGGCCCCUUGGCCCCUGGUCCUCACCAGGUGCCGCUGGACCUGGUGUCUCGAGUAAAGCCCUAUGCUCGAAUGGAAGAGUACGAGAGGAACCUUGGAGAGAUGGUGGCUCAGCUGAGGAACAGUUCUGAGCCAGCCAAGAAGAAAUGUGAAGUCAACCUGCAGCUGUGGCUGUCCAACAAAAGGAGCCUGUCUCCAUGGGGCUACAGCAUCAACCAUGACCCCAGCCGUAUCCCUGCAGACUUGCCUGAGGCACGGUGCCUAUGUUUGGGUUGCGUGAACCCCUUCACCAUGCAGGAGGACCGUAGCAUGGUGAGCGUGCCAGUGUUCAGCCAGGUGCCAGUGCGCCGCCGCCUCUGUCCGCAACCUCCUCGCCCCGGGCCCUGUCGCCAGCGUGUCGUCAUGGAGACCAUCGCUGUGGGUUGCACCUGCAUCUUCUGAGUCACCAACCCCCAACCCGGUGGCUGCUGCAACAACCUCCCGCCCCCUGCACCCACUGUGACCCUCAAGGCUGAUAAACAGUAAACGUUGUUCUUUGUAAAGGAA